CGACCUGUCUCAUUUUGAAAUUUAUUUCAAUGAUCUUAAAAAAAGAUGUUUCUUGAAGUUUUGCCAGUCCUGUGUGUUUUCGCAUCCUUCGUUUUUGGACACUUGUACGAAGUUACCAUCGAUUCGUUCGAGCCGGAUCCGGAGAUCGGCGAUACCUACAUUUCUAUCAGCACCGUUAGAGUGACCCGUAAGGAUCGCAACAGUUUCAGCAUCCAAGGCAACUUCGAAACCCAUCAUAAUUGGGGCAAUGAAAAUUUGGGCAUCGUCGAAGUCCGCGGCAAGAACGGCAAGGGACCGACCCUGGUCAGCGUGAUGAAUCAGUUUUGCGACAUUUACAACUCGGACUUGGCGUUCGUGAAGACUGCGAUCGAGGCGUCCAAUUUGCCACCGCAGGGCACGUGCCCGAUGCCGAAGGGAAACUACACAAUCUACGGGUUUGAGCUGCAGGAGAAGGACCUGCCGAUGAUGAUACCGAAGGAUCAGUACGAGGUGUCUGCGAGGUUGAUGAACCCCGAUGGCGUUGCCAUGGUUGGGUACAAGAUAAAGCUGACGGUUUCCUAGGAGGUGGGCUUGUGUUUGUUAAAUCAGUAAAUGAACACAAACAUUCUUAU